GAACAACCAUAGUCUGUAGUCAGGCUGCUGUGUCAGCACGUCUAAAGACCACACCCUGGACGCAAGGAACCAGACAAUACAACCGAGCCAAACCCUUUUGCAUGCCUUCAAGGCUUCCACGUGAUAUGACAAAGGCUUAUGGCUAAUUUGUGUGCAGACAACGAUUCUCUGUCGGAAAGAACAAGCCUUAUGGAUUCCCACGCUGAGGCUCGCAACCCCACCCAGUCAUUGGCAGCCGGAAGGCCCUCCACUGGGGAUGGAGAGGCGACCGAAGUGAGACGCAGCCGGAAUGCAGGCUCUGGGGAUCAGAACAGUGAGAGGAGCCGGGGCCAGCGGCAGCGCAAUGCCAGCGAGGAGGCUGAGGACGAGGAGGAGAUGCUUAAAUACGGAGCCAAGCACGUCAUCAUGCUGUUUGUUCCUGUCUCGCUGUGCAUGAUUGUUGUAGUGACCACCAUAUCUACUGUGACGUUCUACACAGCGCCUGGAGGGGGUUACCUUGUGUACACGCCAUUCCAUGAAGACCAAGGUGGAGCAGGGACCAAAGCCUGGAACGCUGUCGUCAACGCCCUCAUCAUUAUUGCCAUUGUCUUGGCAUUGACUGUCGUGCUGGUUAUGCUCUAUAAGUACAGAUGCUACAAGGUGAUCCAUGGCUGGCUGAUAUUGUCGUCCUUGUUGCUGCUGUUUUUCUUUGCUUUCUUAUAUCUCCAAGAGCUGAUGCUAACGUACAAUGUGCCCCUGGAUUACUUCACCGCCUGCCUGGUCAUGUGGAACUUUGGCGUGGUAGGAAUGAUUUGUAUCCAUUGGAAGGGACCACUGCGGCUCCAGCAGAUCUAUCUUAUCGUCAUAUCCGCCCUGCUUGCCUUAACCUUCAUCAAGUACCUACCUGAGUGGACACUGUGGACUAUACUGGCAGCCAUUGCUAUAUAUGACCUGUUUGCCGUCCUGGCGCCCAAGGGGCCGUUGAGGGUUUUGGUGGAGACAGCUCAGGAGAGGAAUGAGCCUAUAUUCCCUGCUCUCAUUUACUCGUCAACCAUGGCUUGGAUGGUUGGAAUGGCAAACAAUGAUCCCAACAAGCCCAGAUCGGACGGGUGUGAAAACCCAGGCCUGGAAGAAUCAACAGAAUCAGGCGCAGGCAACACAGAACCGGACGAGGAGGAAACUGCAGGAGGUUUUGACGUUGAAUUCCGCCAGCGGCAAGACCGGGACCUGCAGAGAGAUUUGAGCAACUCCGAAGAGGCUCGCGCCGCUGUGAACGCCCUGCGCCAGGCCCCUGAGAGGAGUCAGAGGAGGCAGCAGACCGAAGAUGAUGAGGACGACGAAGAACGUGGUGUGAAACUAGGUUUGGGAGAUUUCAUUUUCUACAGUGUCUUAGUCGGCAAGGCUUCAGCUCAGGGGGACUGGACCACCACAGUCGCUUGCUUUGUAGCCAUUCUUAUCGGACUCUGUCUGACCCUGAUCCUGCUGGCCAUCUUCAAGAAAGCCCUCCCUGCUCUACCCAUCUCCAUCUGCUUCGGUCUGGUCUUCUACUUCUGCACCAGCCUUCUAGUGUUCCCCUUCACCGACUCCCUGGCCAGCAGCCAGGUCUUCGUAUAG